CCUGAGAGCAUGAGACUGUAAAACUAUGGAGAAACUUGGCAUAAUUCUGUUUGUUGCAUUGCUUGCACUUUUUGCAGGGAAUGUGCAUCACGCUGAAGUGCAGAUUCAGAACUGGACGUGUGGUUAUGGAGGACUCUGCCGUCGCUUCUGUUUCGAUCAGGAAUAUAUUGUCGGCCAACAUGGUUGUCCACGCAGAUACAGAUGCUGUGCCGUACGCUUUUAGCAGAAAAAUGUUGCAGUCUUAGCAGGUCUCAACUACUGAUUGAUUUGAAAAGUGCAUCAUCAGAAGGAUCACGUCUUCAUUUAGAUUUCAAACGGAUCUUUCUAUAUAAAAUUAUAUAACCAAUUCAUAUCAGUUAGCCUUUUGCCAUUUAAAAAUGAUUUUGUAGAAGUGAAAAUAUUGUUACUGUAAAAAUGGUUCGUGUUUGAAAAUAAAAAGAGAAGUGUGUGAGAAUCUCAAAAUAAAAAGCCUCUGAAAUAAUGAGCUGUGGGACCUUGCAGUUACACACGGGGAUGAUAUUUUAGCACACAACGUAAGUGAGGCAGAUCACAAACUGAGUAAAGCUGAUGGGAGAGCUAAAGCAUGUCACCGCCGUAAAUCCUGGAUUACAAUUAAUACAUGGCUCUUUUUCAAGAGAGGCAUGCCACACAUUUCCAACAUUUAACUCUAUUCAGUCUGUUUUUAUGAAAGUCAAAGAAUGGUCUGGUUUAAGUGGAGCCAGCUUUGCUCUGCAUUGUACAGCCACUAGACAAUAACACAUCCGAUGACGGCUCUGACCCAAAUAGCUGUUUUGGAAUGCUGCUUUUGUAAAUCAAAUAUUUGCCAAACAUUUUUAACUC